AUGGUUGGGGUGGUCUCCAUCCUCGGCCUCUCCAUGGCUGCUGACAUGCAGACCACUGUGCUCAUCCCCCAUGGGGUGCAGGUGGACUGGGAGGCUUUACUCGUUUCUCGCUUCGAAGACUUCAAUGCCUCUAUCGCUCCAUGGCUCUUCGCCUCCACUCAAAGCUCGCCAUGGGAUCUAGCUCUUAUCGAAAGUAAAGUGGCGUCAGCGAUGCGAGCCUCGCAGAUCACGGGCAGCAGGGGCGACUAUAACUCCACGGGCACUAUCGCCCUAGCUCUUUUCAAGUAUGGUGAGACCUACAACAUUCGCUACUCCGUGCACGUCUGGCGGCUCGACCGCCCUGAAAUUCCCAAGAAGGCGACCGUGCAUUACGGCACGCGCUUCACCACCGGCCCUGUGCAGAUUGAGUUCUCCGAUGACAAAUGGGUCAACAUGACCAGCAACUACCAGCGCCCCAACCGCGCCAAGCUGUACGCCUACGUGAUUGCAGGCGUGUGGCGCGACGUCGCGAAGAUCAAGGCUGCCACGGGGAAGUCCCUCGAGGUGACAAUGAAGGCGAUUAUUGCAGCGCCGAGGCAGUUCUACGGGCUUGUGACGGCGCCUUCCCACCCGGACGGCGCCAUUCGCGCCCAGUUUCAUCGCUCCCACUAG